AUUCACUUCACUUCAAAUACUCAUCUGAGCUUCUCUUCUCUUCUCCUUCUCCUUCUCCCACGUUUAGCCAUAUUCUUCAGCCCUGCAGCAGAGCAUCUUAUUUCCGCUAACCAAUCACCAUGGGGAAGACACGUGGAAUGGGAGCUGGUCGCAAGCUGAAGUCCCAUCGUAUAAAACAACGCUGGGCUGACAAGUCUUAUAAAAAAUCCCAUCUAGGUAAUGAAUGGAAAAAACCAUUUGCAGGGUCUUCCCAUGCUAAAGGGAUUGUUCUUGAAAAAAUUGGUAUUGAGGCUAAGCAGCCAAACUCUGCCAUUAGAAAAUGUGCCCGUGUACAACUGAUUAAGAAUGGGAAGAAAAUUGCUGCCUUUGUGCCAAACGAUGGGUGUUUGAAUUAUAUUGAGGAGAAUGACGAGGUCUUGAUUGCGGGAUUUGGUCGGAAAGGCCAUGCUGUCGGUGAUAUUCCCGGUGUUAGGUUCAAGGUUGUGAAGGUUUCCGGCGUGUCUCUUCUAGCUCUAUUCAAGGAGAAGAAGGAGAAGCCAAGAUCUUGAGCAACCUUGGAGCUGUUUUGGAUCAAAAUGACCAUUUCUGUCCCUACAUUCCCAUUUUCCAAAAUAUCUAAGUAUAGGUUUUUGCAAUGUCUGAGAUUUCACUUGCUCUUCUGUUUCAUCCUAGCAAACCAAACUUAUGUUAACAAAAGGAGAAGUUUCUUUCUCUAUUCUUAGCUUGUGUUUUUUGAUGAAUCCUAAGCCACAAUUUGGUUGAUGUACAUAUGUAUUUAGUAUGAAAAAAGAGGAAGUAAUAUGACACAUAAUGGCUUCAUUGUU